UGCAGGGCACACUCAGUUCGGGGUUCCCCCCACCCCGCCCCUCAGGCUUGGCUACCUGGAGCAAGGAACUACAAUCCCCCAAGUGCACUGCGCCACAGGGCUGCGCGAAGCAGUGACGUAAGGGGUCUUGGGCGCUACCAUUUCUCUCUGGGGGCAGGAGGGGACGCGGUGGCGAAGGCUGAUGGCGUGCACAAGCAUCCAUCCCAGAGCCAUGGUCCAUGCCUUCCUCAUCCACACCUUGCGGGCCUCAAAGGCUGAGGACGGCUUUUGCCGAGUGCUCUACUCCUGCUUCUUUGGUGCUGAGAAUUCACCCAAUGACCCACAGCCACACGGUGCUGAGAGGGACAGGCUUCUCCGAAAGGAGCAGAUUUUGGCCGUGGCCAGGCAGGUGGAGUCCAUGUGCCAGCUGCAGCAGCAGGCGUGCGGCCGGCCCGUCGUGGACCUGCAGCCCCAGUCCUCAGAUGACCCAGUGCCCCUGCAUGAGGCCCCAUGUGGGGCCUUCCGCCUGACAGCAGGGGACCCUUUCCAGGAGCCUCGGACAGUAGUGUGGCUAGGCAUGCUCUCAUUAGGCUUUGUCCUAGUGCUGAAUGCUCAUGAGAACCUGCUGCUGGCGGAGAACACACUUCGGCUGCUGGUCCGACUUCUUCUUGACCACCUCCGGCUGCUGGUCCCCGGUGCCAACCUCCUGCUGCGGGCUGACCGCAUUGAGGGCAUCCUCGCCUGCUUCCUGCCCCACGGUCAGCUGCUUUUCCUCAAUGACCAGUUUGUCCAUGGUCUAGAGAAAGAAUUCAUUGCUGCCUGCCCCCGCUGACCCCUCACCGGAAUGGGACUCCCAAAGAGGGCCAGGUGGGAGGAUGGGGAUGGAUGGAUACACAGCCAGGUAAAAUUUGGCAUCUGCCUCCUUCCCAUCCUGGUCCCAGCUCUGGUGUGCUGCCACACCCAGGACAAAUGCAUGGGACAGACUGCCAGAAACGGGGGCCAGGGAGAGGGUGGAGGGGAGGAAUCACAGAGCAUCCUGUGCCUGGAGCUGCCUCGUGACUUAUUCAGACUGCUGCAGCGGGCCAGCCCUGUUUGUCCUUGACCCCACUUUCUCCCAUCCCUGCCAGCCAGCCCCAAACAGUCCACCAGCUGCUUGUGCUGGGGCAGUAAGGAACAGCUGCUUGGAACUCAGCCCACUUUCUUCGUUCAAACCCACAGUCAUGUCAGUGCAAAAGGAUUCUCUGAGACUGCGAGGCUCGGGGAGCUGGGUUUUUUGGGUGAGGGCCUGCUCGGUGUCCAGCCUCACCACAGUUCACGGAGGUGUGAGUUGUUCAGCAGAGAGGCUCCAUAGCUCCUUUUGGGCCCAGCCCAUGCCCACCGGCAGCUGUGAGAUAAUCAUGGGCUUACUUGGUCUGCGGGGAGAGAAGGUGGUGUCAGGUGGGUGCAAGAGGUCUGAUGUCAUUCUCAUUUUGAAUUAAAAGCACCGAGUGUGUGA